AACAAAGCAAUCAUGGAAGAAGGAAAUACCGACUUUUCCCCUUACUCGAAUGGGGCCUUUACAAGCAUCCUUGGAUAUAGUCAGGAUAUGACCCAGUCUGGAGAAUAUUCUGAUGUCAAGCUCAACGAACUAUUUACGACAUCUUUAAGACCUUUCGAUAUAGGUCCUGAAGACCAUGAUGAUCUUCCGGUCAGCCUCGGUACUUCUUGUAUCGAGAUUGGCGAGGAAGAUAAACCGAUUUCUACUCAAUCCCAGAGAGAUCUUCUGAGGAAGAAUAAUCUUUUACGCCCAAUGCAUACCCAGGGAUGGAGUAAAAAUCAAUUGGAUUGCCAAAUGAGAGGCAACCAAGAAGAAUCAGAAUUUGGAACACAAUUCCAUAUUUCUGCUCCAGCAGGAGGAGCAUGCCCUGGGUCUUAUGUGUCUGACAAGGUCAGACUCCCAGGCGCAAUUCCUACUCAAAUUCCAGCGCAAAACUGGAUACAAGAGGAAGAGCCACAUGCGAAUGAGGUGAUGACUGGAGACAGAGAUUUGGUUGAUAUUUAUAGCCAGGACUGGAGAUCUCCAGACAAUAUCUCAGUGGUGAAGAUUGAGGAAAAGGCAGCCACAGCUGCUGGUCGUUUCCUUGAUACUGCCGGACAACAGACUGGCUUAUCAACAGUGAGAGACGAUCAUCUGGAUUCUCCAGUUUUCUCAAACUUCACCUCUGAAGAGGACGAAGUUGGUCAGUUUGUUGACCAUAAUGUUUCCUCAGAUGAGUUUGAGUGUGAUGGAAAUUGUUAUACUUCAAUCACAGGCAACUCAAGGGAGUAAGCUAAUUGCUGUCUCCCAUAUCAUCCAUUCAAACUCUGUCCUCACGAUCUGAGGCCCUUGAAAAAAAUUUAUCGAAAAAUUGGAUUGAGGGCCUCAACGAUCGAUUCAAAGGCUGCAGAAAGAGUGGUAUGAUGCACCUCAAUCAAUCAUUCAUUUACAAGAUUACAACAAAUUCAUUUUACUAGUUAGCCAACGGUCUUGGCCUAUUUGUUAAGAAAUUUUGAACUGCGUUUUGUAUGGCUAAAUUAGGCCUGAAAGUCUUAAAUCAACGAGGGUAUAUUUUAAGUGAAUCCUCGCUGAAAUUCGUCUUUUGAAGCUAAAUUACAUUCCUUAGAUAUCAUCAGCACAUGUAUUGGUCUUAAACUUUUG